AAAUCAUUCUUAUGACUGGAUUACACAUACUAGAGCCAGGAAAGCAUUAAAUAACUAGAAAAGAUUCAUCUAUAUAGAAAAAGAUGGCUUUACACUAAUAUCGUACUUUAUGUCUUAUUAACCAUUAACCAGCACACCUAAGGCUCCAUGUUAGUUACAUGAGUGUUUUCCGACAAGUUGUAUUCAAUUAGAUUUUUUUUCACAAGCGCUGAUUUCUGACUGCACUACUUGAUUUAAGGAUAAUGCAGUAGGUGUAGACCUCUGCACCUGUAGUCCAUUAUAAAUUCAUUUGAUUAACAUUCAGAAGGAUAACUUGUAUCAGAUGAAAGAUCUGAUUCCCUCUUGUUACAUUUUAUGACUAAAAAGACCAACCAUCAUCAGUGUGUAAGGAAAGUUUCUGCAACAGAUCUAUGAUCAUAGGGUGAAAAACAUGAGCAGCAGUCUGGAUAACUAAACAUCAGUCAGUUGAUAUCCAUUUGGCGAGCUUCGGUACAUCUCUAAAUAGAUUCCACCCCUGCUGAAAAACAGAGCUGCCGAACAUCUUUACAGCCAACUGAGAGUAUGACAAUGACAUCAUGUUUCAAUCUCUAAAAAGAUGCUUCAGUGAACUAAAGGUCCCUUAUGGCAGAAGGAAGCAGGACUCAUGCCACCUAAUUCAAAAGGAUGUUUUUCACCUUUAUGCUGGAAACCAACAUGCAGUCUGAGGUCAAUAUAACAGUCCGCGAUGAGAUUAAUGACAUCAGCAGCAACAUGUACAGACCACUGUCAUACCCACUUAGCUUCCAAAUUUCCCUCACUUGCUUCCUGAUGCUGGAGAUUGUUCUGGGCCUUGGAAGCAAUCUUACCGUACUGGUUCUCUACUGCAUGAAGUCCAACCUUAUCAACUCUGUCAGCAACAUUAUUACUAUGAACCUCCAUGUUCUUGAUGUGAUAAUAUGUGUAGGAUGUAUUCCGCUAACUAUUGUAAUCCUACUGCUGCCACUGGAGAGCAAUAGUGCACUGAUCUGCUGCUUCCAUGAAGCGUGCAUCUCAUUCGCCAGUGUUUCAACUGCUGUUAAUGUCUUUGCGAUUACCCUGGAUCGUUAUGACAUUUCCGUCAAACCUGCCAAUCGUAUUCUGACAAUGGGCCGUGCAGUUAUAUUGAUGACAUCAACAUGGAUAGUAUCUUUUUUUUCUUUUCUGAUUCCAUUCAUAGAAGUCAGCUUUUUCAGCUUUCAAAGUGAAAACAAGUGGGAAAACAAAACACUUUUGUGUGUUAGCACAAAUGAAUACCAUACUGAACUUGGAAUGUAUUAUCACCUUCUGGUGCAGAUUCCUAUAUUCUUUUUCACAAUAGUUGUGAUGUUGAUCACAUACAGCAAAAUUCUUCAAGCACUCAACAUUCGUAUAGGCACAAGGUUCUCAACCGGGCAAAAGAAGAAAAUACGAAAGAAAAAAACACUUUCUUUGGCCCCACAACACGAGCCGCCAACGGAUAUAUCGCAAAGCAGUGGAGGUAGAAAUGUGGUGCUUGGUGUCAGGACUUCUGUAUCUGUUAUUAUUGCCCUACGGCGAGCAGUGAAGAGACACAGGGAAAGACGGGAAAGGCAAAAAAGGGUGUUUAAGAUGUCACUGUUAAUCAUUUCAACCUUUCUGUUUUGUUGGACGCCUAUUUCCUUACUGAAUACAACAAUUUUAUGUCUUGGCCCAAGUGACCUUUUGGUUAAACUCAGACUGUGCUUUGUAGUCAUGGCUUAUGGAACCACCAUCUUCCACCCUCUGUUGUAUGCAUUCACAAGACAAAAAUUCCAAAAAGUUUUGAAGAGCAAAAUGAAAAAAAGGGUGGUUUCAAUUGUGGAAGCGGAUCCCAUGCCUAACAAUGCAGUGAUCCAUAACUCAUGGAUAGAACCUAAAAGGAGUAAACAGUUAACAACUGAUGAUAAAGAAGCUAGACAAAAAUGUUUAGCACCUCAGGUGGUCACUGACUAGGUUAAGGUUUCUGUUUUUCUAUUUAAACGCAAGUAGGAAUAUGAAAAGAAAUCCUACCACCCACAUUUUUUUUCAUGAAUAACAACACUGUAUAUUUUAAAUACAAUAUACUUGGACUAGGUGUUCAGUUUCCUCACUACCUUAUAGUUCAUUGGGCAUGGUUGAUUGUUCCAGUAUUGUGUAUACUGUCAGUAUUUUGUUCACAGAGAGACAUUUAUAUGUAUCAGAUUUUUUUAAGAAAAGAAAAUUAUACAAUAAAUAUAUCUUUCAAACAGUAAGGAGUUUGGAGGGAAAAAAAAUCAUUUUGGAGCAGUUACAAAAGUGUUUCCUAAAAGUAAUGGUUUUGGCACAUAUGACUGCUGGAAUUUGCCCAGUUCUGUUUUAGCCUUUCUAAAAAUGCUAAAUCAUACUAUGAUAUACUCUAUUAUAUGCAGAUUCUUUACAAAUCUUUUUUGUGUGUCUAGCCUCUGUAUUUGGCUCACAAAUCCCUCUGUUCUGUUGAUCACCCAUUCUGACAUUCAUUGCUCAGGAAGGGGCAUGUCAGAGGCAAGCACUGAGCCUGCCCUCAAUGACAAUGCAUUCAAUUCCUCCCUAAGUCUGCUGUCCUGGGUCUCCUUAUCCAAUCAUUGCUGCUCUGUAACCCCUUCUUCUCUGUUUUCAUGCUGCAGUCAGGACAGGAGUGAGCACAAUGCUUCCACAAUUCUGGACUUUGUCCCAGUCAGUGGCUAAACUGGGACAAAGAUGAUGCUGCAGCUGGACAGGAUUAUGUUCUGGAUGGUAUGGGGGACUUAAGUGAUCUUUUAUAUAAGCCAUGAUUUUUAUUUAAAAAAAAUUAAAAAAAAGUGAUAAAAAAAAGUUUUAUGAAGUAUAUUAGAAAGGGUAAUGUUUUGCUAAGAUGUACAAUAUAUAAAAAGAUUUUUUAUUCUGACAGUGCCCAUUUAAGAUCAGAUAUUAAUAGGCUGAAUAAUAAGUAGUCACAUCAAAACAACAGGAAAUGUGUACAACAAAUAAUAUUACACAACCUAUCCCUCAUCACUAUAAUAUUCUACUUACUUAAAUGUUUAACAGGUUUCAUAUGCAUAGUCUUAAAUCUUUUCUGGUCUAAAUGCAAAAAGCAAGGUCAGACAUCUUCUGAGUACAGUACAAUAUAUAUAAUACAAGAGAAAACAGUGACAUGAAAAGACGCCUUAAUAAACAUAGGGUAUCCUCAUCAAUAAUACAUGAAUCCAUGUUGGGUUUUAUGUAAAACUUGCAUUAUGACCUAUCCAGAUGCAGAAUCUAAGGUACAUUUGGAAAAAUUAUUCUAAUUCUAUACAGAAUUUCUUGAUGUGCAAGAAUCUUUGGAUAUUUAUAAAUCAUAGCCUGCUGUUUAAAAUGGUUGACUAGUGAACCAAACUAAAAUAAAAAUUUUAUUGUG